AUGCGGCCACUAUCACCACCAUGUCCUCCUCUUCGUCCUCCUCCUCCUGCUCCUCCUCCACCUCCUAGCGCUGAAGCUGCUGGCGCUGCUGCUACUGAAACUACUACUACCACCACUUCUACUUCUACUUCUACUGCUACCACCACUACUACUACUACUACUACAACUACAACAACUACAACAACAACUACUACUACUACUACCACCACUAGUACGAGUACACGACAGGAGUGGCUGAGUGACUACAUCUGCUGCGACAAGACUCUACACUUCACGGUGAAGGCAAGUGCCGAGUGUCAAACGGGCAUUGGCUUUAGCGCUGUUCAACUCGAACUUGUGAACAUGGACAAGAUCGACUUCGUGCAGAAGAAGCAGAUGGUGCUGGAUUCAGGUGCACAUGCAUCGUUCGAGCUGGACUAUGGCACAUCUGAAACCGUGGAGAAAGCAGUUGCUAACUUCAUUUCGCUGAAGGCAGGUGCAUUGCUCAUGAGAAACUCCGAUGGAUCGACCACGGACACGCUGCAGACAGUCAGCGAGGCCAUGUCCAACAAGAAGGUGUCCAAUUGUGUGUGUUUGUUUGUGUGUGUGUGUGGGUUCCACACGCUUGCUGUCAAGAUCAUCAAGUUUCAGAUCGUCUCGUGUUGCAAGAACUUCAAGCUCGCUACUGUGUGCAGACGAUGUGUGUGUUCUGGUCCACUGUGA